GUGCAGCUUAAAAAUUCAUAUUACGCAUCCGCCAUGUUGUCCUUGUGAUUGUGUGUGUGUGUGUAAAAAUCACUUGUAGAUUAAUCAAAACUUUUUGAAUAUACAUUUUUUUAACAUAAGCAAAUUAACUUGCAGCUCGAGCAAAAGAAAAAGCAAAGAUUUUAAUAAAUGAAAAACUAGUUCAACUGCCAAGAGCUUACUAUUUUUUAGCAUAAAGCUCAAUGCUCCUGGCUAAUUGGCCCAAUCAAACUGCUGGCAGUUAAUCAAACUGCCAAGAGCAGGCGGCAGUCGCCAGUCGCUAGUCGCCAAUUCAAACAAUUAAAAUCAUAAAACUCAUCGCAAAAGCCGCCAAAGCGAACUGAAAUACACAAAGACAAUUGUCAAGAUACAGGACAAGAUAAACGGAACUAAUGCGACCCAAGGAAGUGGAUGAGUUUGUGAAAUUAAGAAAAACGCUCGGAAUGCGGCCAGUGUCGAGUGCAACAUCCGGUGCAUAAAUGAAAAUAAAUACCAAGCCGGCUAGCAAACAAACCAGAAAACGAGAACUGUCAGCGGCAGGAGCAGAAACAAGAGAAGCUAGAAAACUGGAACUGGAACUGGACCUGAAGCCGUAGUAGCUGUGCACUAGCCACCGACUGGCCCACGGCCGGUUGAAGCGACAAAUGUUAGCCAAACGGAUGUGCAGAUUAGGCCAGAACAGUUGUCCAUCAGACGUCUAAACAAUAGACUCAAACAAAAACAAAGAUAAAAACAACAGCAGCAACAAUAACAAAUCUUUGCAAUAUGUGCGCCAACAGAGCAACAACAACUCAAACAAAAACAACAUCCGGCAAUGCGUCGGCUGACCUCAUCGGCGGCGACUUCUCUGGCAGCAGGAGCAGCAGUCGUCCGUCCUGGCUGGCGCAAGGACAACGUUUAAACUUGCGCAUAUUUAAACUUUUGAUUAGCUGCUGCCUUCUAAUGUGCUGCAUUUAUACAAAUGCCUGGCAAUUGUCCAUUGGCCAUCUGGGGGUCAUGGCCGGCAGCAUCAAGGGGCGCGGCGAAACGCACCGACUGGACGAGAUUGGCGCUGGCUCACUGACGCGCUCCUGGCUAACGCAAAGCAAUAAUCAUGCCAACAUCUCCGAAUUGUUGGACAAUUUGCUGCGUGGCUAUGAUAAUAGCAUUCGACCGGAUUUCGGUGGUCCUCCUGCCACCAUUGAGGUGGACAUAAUGGUGCGUAGUAUGGGUCCAAUAUCAGAAGUGGAUAUGACCUACUCGAUGGACUGUUACUUUCGACAAUCCUGGGUGGAUAAACGGCUUGCCUUCGAGGGUGCCCAGGACACGCUGGCGCUGUCAGUGUCAAUGCUGGCGCGCAUUUGGAAGCCGGAUACGUAUUUCUACAAUGGCAAACAGAGCUAUUUGCACACGAUAACCACCCCGAAUAAGUUUGUGCGCAUCCAUCAGAAUGGACGCAUUCUGUACUCCAGCCGGCUGACAAUUAAGGCAGGCUGUCCCAUGAAUCUCGCGGAUUUUCCCAUGGACAUACAGAAAUGCCCACUGAAAUUUGGCUCAUUUGGCUACACGACGUCGGAUGUCAUUUAUCGGUGGAACAAAGAGCGACCUGCAGUUGCCAUUGCGGAGGACAUGAAAUUGUCACAAUUCGAUUUGGUCUAUUGUCCGGCGGGUAAUAUAACGGACAUUGUUUACAAGGCAGCCGCUCCGAUGCCCCAGCACUACAACAACAAGGACACGUUCUCAUCCAAGCAGCCGCCCAACCCCAACAACAAGAACAACAACAACAACAACAACAAAGUGAUGACAACUUUUGCGGGUCCGGGUGCCAAAAAUCAACAUGUCCGUGGCACUGGCUUAAAACUAGACAAAGGCGCCUUCGGCUCGGGACGCGGCGUUGCCGGUGGCGGCGGACUUGUCACGAAUCUGGCAGGCAGCAUCAGCUUGGAAACGCAUCAUCCAUCGGAAUACUCGAUGCUGAUGGUCAAUUUUCAUCUGCAGCGGCACAUGGGCAACUUUCUGAUUCAGGUCUACGGGCCUUGCUGUCUGCUGGUGGUGCUCAGCUGGGUCUCCUUUUGGCUGAAUCGUGAGGCGACGGCGGAUCGCGUUUCUCUCGGCAUUACCACGGUGCUGACCAUGACAUUUCUGGGCCUAGAGGCACGCACAGAUCUGCCCAAGGUGUCGUAUCCCACAGCGUUGGACUUCUUUGUGUUCCUCUCGUUUGGCUUCAUCUUUGCGACCAUUCUGCAAUUUGCUGUCGUCCAUUACUUUACCAAAUAUGGUUCCGGGGAGUGUUACUUUAUUAUUGAGGAGCUGGACUCGGAUUCGGCGGAAUCCGAAACGGAUGCAGAUGCCAGUGGUCAGUCGGACUUUCGUGGCAGCAGUGAAUCCAAGAUCUAUGAGGUAAUACCGUUGUCCAUGUGUGCCAUCAACAUGCCAGCAUCCGGCAGCAGUCGCCUGGGCAUGCUCCACUCCAGACGCACCACGCGUAAUCGACGCCACGGACUGGCGGGCUUUAGCUUCUGGCGCUGCCUGGACUGGUUCAGCUGCCGGCGACGACGGCGUCAGCCUCGCAAGGCUACCUGCUCCGAUGAGGAUGAGGAGUACGACGAACAGACGCAACUGCGCUUCGAUGAGGCGCCCUGCACCUCAGCAGCUGCAGCGGCAGCGGCGGCGGCGGCGGCGGCAACAGCUGCACAAAGCCCACCGCCCACAGUGGGACGCAGGCGCAUGUCCUUCUAUAGACGCGAGGAGCUGGAGGCGCGCCGCAAGGGCAAACGCACACCGCAAUACAAUUCGGUAUCGAAGAUAGAUCGUGCCUCGAGAAUUGUAUUCCCAUUGCUGUUCUUUCUGAUCAAUGUGUUCUACUGGUAUGGCUACCUGUCCAGGAGCUCGCGCAUUUUGGCCAAUACGCAAACGAGCACCUGAUGUUACCUUUUAGCAAUUUAGACACAGUCCCUAAAGAAGUCCAGCGUUCCACAAGGAAGAGCAGCGGCACUGGGAGAGUGUUAAACUAUUCGAUCAAGGUGAUCAUUACGGCUUCAGUUAUUUGCUCUUAACCUGAUUUGCUUACUGCUAUGAACGCUUUUUGAGAUUUCUUUACGCGCUAAAUUGCUAAACAUAAAAUGCUAAAUUUACAUAUCACAGGACUACAACUUGUACAUAUAUACAUAGGCACAUAACACUAUAUAUAUGCCAUAUGUAUGUGUAUCCGAUACAUCAAUAUUAUUUGUACAGUUAGCCAAUAAGUUGCCAUUUACUUGAGCUUUUAAACGCUUUGUUAAAAUACAAUAUAACUGCUAAUUCUAAUAAGUGCUUGUUAAACAUAUAUUUAUAGCAUUAAAUUGUUCGGUUCGCCCAAAGAGCUUGACGAGAUAUUCUUCUCUGAAUAUAAAUGUGCUGGCUAGUAAAUACUUAUCAGCAAAAAUAUAAUACGAGCAACUGUUGGUUACUAAUAGUAAAUAAAACUCAAAGUAAAAGCUGUUGCUAUCAUAAAUUACAGCAUAACAAUUAAAAUAAUUAAAAGCUAAUGGCAUAACUUUAAUUAGCAUUUCAACUUGCCAGCACAUUGAGUAAAUAUAUAUAUG